GCAGCAGCCUCCUCUCCUGCAAGUGCUCCUCCUGCCCACCAUGAAGCUCUAUCUGUCGCUGCCUGUCCUGCUGGUGGCUGCCCUAUGGCUGCUGUCCGAAGGCCCAGCCCCGGUCCAGGCGGCCCCCGACCUCUCUGGUACCUUGGAGGGUAUCCCUGAGAAGGUGAAGGAGUUUGGAAGGACCGUGGAGGAGACCACCCGGUCGGUCUACACUCGCAUCAAAGAGAGUGAAAUCACUUCCAAGGCCAAGAACUGGUUCCUAGAAGCACUAGAGAAAGUGAAGGAGACAUGGAAAAAGAACUUCUGAACAGUACAAGGGGCGCCCCAAGAUUAGUGCCUGAUUUUCCAGGGUACCAGCAUCCCUGCCAAUAAAAA